CGAGCUUGUGCACCUUGUUUUGCUUUCGACUUCCGGUUUCCGGCUUUGUUUGCGACCGCCAAUCAUGACCAUGCCUACGCAUCCGGGCCAACUCCUCCCGUGGGCUUUUGGCCUCCGCAACCAUGAGGGCUUGUACCUGACGGUCGAACCCUUUGGCAACCGCAUCAACGUAAGCAGCAAGGUGAUGAAGAACAAACAGAUCUUUGUCUUUGAGCAACCCGAUGGCGCGGGCUCGACGGUCGCCCUUCGUACGCACCAGGGUCGCUACCUCAGUGCCACCUCUGAUGGACGCCUGGAGUCCACUGCUGAGAGCAUUGGUGAGAAUGAGCGUUUUGAACUGGUCCCGGAUGAUAGUGGCCGUUUUGCCCUUCUCUCCAGCGCUGGCUUUUACGUGGGUGGCCAUGGAGAACACGUCGACGCCUACGGCCGCACCCUGGCUGAAGACCGUUAUUUUCACUUGAACCUGGCUCUGCAUCCGCAAAUGAACAUCUGGAAUGUCAACCGAAAGACCUUUAUGCACCUCAACGCGGAUGGUCAGCGGGUGACCACGGACGAGGUCAUUCCCUGGGGGGACGAUGCGGUCAUGUCGCUGCAAUUUGUCGAGGAGACCAACCGCUACACCAUCCAGGCAGCCAACGGCAAGUUCUUGGACCAGUCUGGCAGUCUGGUCGAAGAGGCUGGCCCGACCGCUCAGUAUGGACUUCGUCUCCUCGGCGGCCAAGUGGCUUUUCAGGCCGCCAACGGUCGAUUCCUGUCCAGCAUUGGCGGCGACGGCGUUUGCAAGGCCACCAAACCUGGACCUCCCGGCAAGGACGAGCUGUAUGUGUUCGAGGACAGCCAACCUCAGAUCAAAAUGACGGCUUGGUUCGGUAAGAAGGUGUCCGUGGCCGUCGGCACGGCCAUCCUGGCCAGCCAAUCCCAGACCGGCGAUGCCGAACAGUUUCAGCUCGAGGUGGGCGAUGACGGUCGUUGGGCGUUGCGCACCCACAAGAACCUGUUUUGCUACAUCAAUGGCAAUGGCGACCUGAUGGGCGACUCUGAAACCAAGACGCAGCCCGAGGCACGCUUUCAGCUCGAGUUUUUCAAUGAAAAACUGGCGCUGCGUGCCAGCAAUGGCGCCUACAUCACGGCCAAGAAGAACGGAAGCAUGGCGGCCAACGGCCACGAGCCCACAGAGGAGGCUCUGUUCGUGUACGAGAUGACCAAUCGCCCCCGCCUUGUCCUUCGCACCAAAUACGGCUUUCUCAACAUGGCAGGUGAGGAGACGGGCAACCUCAUGUGCAAUCGCGCCCAGCCCACCGUCUUCCACAUGCACGUCAAGGCCGGCCACUGCCAGAUCAAGGGCCCCAAUGGUCGCUACUUUGCCCCCAGUGAUGAUUAUUCCAAGCUGGCAGCCACUUCCGUGGAGCCCACAUCCCUCUUCCUUGAGUUUGUCUCCCUUUCCAAGUUUGCUAUUCGCGUCCCAGGCCCAGCUGGCGAAACAAAAUACGCCAAGGUGCACCAAAACGGUGCUGUAUCGGCAGAUGCCACCCGCAUCGACGAGUCGACCCUGUUUGAGUAUUAAAACCAACGCUGCCAUUUACCUCUUUUGCGUGUGAGCGAAACAUCUUUACGCAGCGUGAUAAUUGAUAGGAGCAC